AAGGUGAAAGAGAAACAACCAGACCCAAGCCCAAAACUAACUCGAUAGCGCUAGUCUCUAUAUAAAGAGAGAGAGAGAGAGAGAAAAUAAAAAUAAAAGUAAAAGAGAGAGAGUGUGUUUUUGGUAACUAAAAACUUACCAAAAAAAUAAUAAUCCAAAACUUGAAUCCUCUCUCCCUUGAGUUGUGGUGUUGUUCUUGGGACGCAGCACCAUGAAGAAGGCGUCGAAUUUCAAAAAGAAAAAAGAGACGAUAGUGAAAAAGACACGAGAACUUUCAGUUCUCUGUGACGUUAAGGUUUGUGCCAUUCUUGUUGCUCCUAACGGAGAAGUCGAUACAUGGCCUGAAAAUCCCACGGAGUUGAACCCCAUUAUUCAAUCCUACAAAGAACAUGUAGUUGCCGGCAAAAGAAAAGUAAUUGACGGUGGUCUCUUCAAGAAUAAGUCGAAAAGUAAUAAUGUUGCUCUGUUUUGUGAUAACGGUGAUGAUGAUGAGUGGAUUAAGAAUUUGUCUAGAGACUCGAAACAGAGUUUGUUGGUGAAGUUGAAUACGAAAUUAGCCGCUGUUGAGAAAAGAAUUGAGUUUUUGAAGAUGGGCAGUGUUAUUAGUUCAAGUUCAAGAGGGAAACAAGUAGUUGCUAAUGGUGAUCAACUGAGUAGUGAAAAACAAGUUGUUGGGGCUAAUCAAGAAAACUAUAAUGUAGGUUGUGAUGAAUAUUGGGGGAGUUCUUUUGCAAUUAAUGAUGAUCAACUUGGAAAAACUAGUACUGCUUAUAAUCAAGAAAGAGAUAUUGUUAUGACGUCUGAGUUCAAUUGUUCUGCAUAUAAUCAGGACCAAGAAGUUGGAGGUUCUAUGGGGCACGAGGGACAAUUAAUGGAAGAAGUUGGAGGUUCUAUGGGGCACGAGGUACAAUUAAUGGUAACGUCUAAUGAGAUGAACAUGUGGGAAAAUUUUGAGUGGGAUGAUGUUUGGUCAAUUAUCAAUGGUCCUGAUCUUGAAUUUGAUUUAUUGACAAAAGGGGCUACAGGUUUUGGUACAUCGUUGAAUCAGCAAACAAUUGUUAAUGAUGGCUCCAACCCUAAUUAUGAUUAUUUCAUUCCUUUAUCCAAUUAAAAUUGCUGUUUUCUGCUAACUAUCUCCCUCCCUCCAAACUCCGCAACGUCUUGAAUAUUUUUUGGAGUUGAGUUCGUAUUAUUUUUCGGAAAUUCUUUUUGGGAGAACAUGGGUUUUGCUAUGUAUUUUUUGGGGUUGAGUUGGUUUGCGGAAGAGGAGGGAGGGGGUGGGGAUACAUGUAGAUGCAGACAUGAGUUUUUUUUUCUUGAUCAAGUUUAGCUGUUCCAGCAAGUAUUGACUGCUACAAUUUUGGUUACGCUUAUGUAAUGUUACGAGUUCUUU